CCUCGAACUGCCAACAGCGGCUUUAGAAAAUGGAUGAGCGCAGUUUACUUCAGGUUCACCGUGAGAUCCGCCCUGGUGGUCCCCCAUUUCUUUUCGUUUGAAUUUUACCUUGCAGUCGGACUCGAGCCCCUGAUCCAAGUAUGAGGGGUUUUCAAUUACCUCAAGUUCCAUGAGCGUCAACUAGCAAAGUAGAGCUGAGACGGCAUUUCUCAUCUCCUUUAUAAUUAGAUAGUAGAGCAUGUCUGUCGACCUCAGCGGUGGCGGUGCGUCCGCACCGAACCCGAUCAGCGCGUCCGCACCUGUGCCGGCAACUGCAUCGGGAGGCGUGGCGGAAUCCGCACUACGAGCAGGAUCAGCAGGGAUGGUAGAAUCAGCAGUGGGUACUGCAAAGACGGUCAUGGAACGGUCUGUGGCUGAAGUCCGAAAUUUCGUUGAACAGAAUCCCAGUCAAGUCCGUGCCACGGUACUAAAAGUCGACAAUCGGCAGAAUGCUAGAUUAUCUGUGUCUAUUUUUUUCGAGCGGCUACGGCGCGACAGCUUGUUUACCAAAGACUGAGUAACAAGCAUCCACGGGGAUGCUGGGCUUCGGCUUCGAACCCAAGCCUUGCGAUGAGCCUUCAUUCUGCAUUGUCACUUUCGCUGAGGAACUAUUCCAGUUGA